CGUCAGUGCAUGGUUACUGGUCAUGGAAUACAGACAUCUACUCACCGUAAUAAUAGCAUUGUGGGCGAGCCAGGAAUCGCUGGCGGGGCCUGAAGUCGUGGUAAAUGAUGGAGUGAUUUCGGGAACUGUGACAGUCACUCGUCGUGGGAGGAGUGUUCUCGCUUUUCGGGGUAUACCGUACGCAAAGGCGCCGGUUGGCCCACUCAGGUUCAGGAAUCCUGAACCUGUUGAGCCCUGGAGUGGAACGUUCUAUGCGGACAAGGACCCAGAACCCUGUCCCCAGAUCACUGAUGAUGGCGAUGCUGUUGGUGACGAGGACUGUCUGAAGCUCAGUGUCUACACGCCGAAGACAGAUCCAGACGAUCUCCUCCCAGUAAUGGUGUACAUCCACGGUGGUGAAUUCGUCCGAGGCGACAUAUCCUUUCCCGCCGUAGGUCCUGGUUUUCUUCUCGAUCACGACGUGCUACUGGUGGCGAUGCAGUACCGCCUCGGUGUUCUCGGUUUCAUCAGCACAGGCGAUAAAAUAGCGCCCGGUAAUUUCGGAUUAAAGGAUCAAGUGCUCGCGCUACGCUGGGUCCAGGACAACAUCAAGAACUUUGGCGGUGAUCCAGGCAGAGUGACAUUAUUCGGUCAGAGUGCAGGCGGCGUCAGCGUUAACUUGCAUGUUCUCUCAAACUCAUCCAAAGGAUUGUUCCAUCAGUUCAUAACACAGAGUGGAAGUGCGCUGUGUCCGUGGGCAUUCGAAGAUUCAACGACAUACAAAGGCUAUUCAUUCGCACUUGGGGAGGGUUUCGGGUGUCCGACAAGCCCCACGGAAGAGCUCAUCGACUGUUUGCGGAAUGUGGAGGCUGGGGUUUUGGUAAAUAAUUACGAUGCGUUCGUGGAUUUUCGAAGGGAGAGCACCGUCACUUGGAUGCCAACAAGGGAACCCGAUAUUGAAGGCGCGUUCCUCACUGAUCUUCCGAUCAAUCUCAUCUUGAGGAGCAGAAUGCAGGACCUGCCCAAUAUCAGCGGUGUCGUCAAGAACGACGGCCUCAUUCUCACGAUAUUUUUAUAUGCAAAUGCCACGCUGUACGACUCGCUCCUCGGUGAUUUGGAUUCCCUCUUCACUCAUAUAUCAUCGUCCUAUUUCAGUGAUAGUAGAGCAGCAACACUUGCCGCUGCAGUGAAGGACUUCUACUUCAGGGGUAUCGACGUGAAGAAUAAAACACAAGUGCUGGGGACAAUAACGGAUAUCAUUAGUGAUUCAUCAUUUCUGUUCCCGCAAAUUCUGCAGUUGCAGUUGGUGACGAAAAAGAUGAAGAGCCCACAUUAUCACUACAGCUUUGAGUACCGCGGGACGUUUAGCGAAACUUCCACUAUCUUGAAGAAUAAUGAGAAUGUCGGGGUUCAACAUGGCGAUGAUCUUAUUUAUAUUUUUCCGAGUGACUUUAGCAGUUUUGGGGUGGCUGAGAGCAGCUUCAGUGAGGAGGAUGAGAGGAUGAUUGAUAUUGUCACGGAAUUGUGGACUUCGUUUGCCAUAAAUGGGGUGCCCACAACAAGUUACGCAAGGAAAUCAGAUCUGUGGGAGACGUACAACGACCGGACGAACACACAGCUGCUGAUUGGGUCAGGAUCCGAGGCGACAGUGGGAACCGUUCACCAUUACUUAGAGCGGCGCAUGCACUUCUGGGCGAUGGAAAUCCUCAAGAUAGUAUUUUUCUCCGGAUAGAAGUCCCCCGGACUGUUAUUGUUUACUUUGAAUACAGUAUUUGCUCAAUAAAAUAUUCCCCAUGCCCGAA